GGAGACCCAGGGCAGAGCGGAGCAGGAAAGGGAAGGCGGAAGUGCUGACAGGAGGACACUGCUCUGAGGAGGAAUACAGCGACCUAGGCGGAGAGGAGAAGCCGACAUGGAGAGACACGGAGCCUUCCCUCAGAUGGUGGACCCAACGUUGGCAGAAAUGGGGAAAAAUCUUAAUGAAGCAAUGAAGAUGCUGGAAGAUGGACAGAAGUCAACAGAAGACGAGAGAGAUGCCAAGAAAUACACAAGGAAAGAUAUACCAGGACCACUUCAAGGAAGUGGUCAGAACAUGGUGAGCAUUCUCCAGCUGGUGCAGACCCUUAUGAAUGAAGAUGAAGAAGAGGAGUCGCAAUCAAUCCGUAGGAUUCAGAAUGUCGGGGAACAGGGUCACAUGGCGCUGCUGGGACAUAGUCUGGCAGCCUACAUCUCCGUACUGGACAAAGACAGACUCCGAAAAUUGACCACAAGGAUUCUUUCUGACACUACUGUCUGGCUUUGUAGACUGUUCAGGUUUGAAAAUGGUUCUGCUUAUUAUCAUGAGGAUGAUCGGGAGGGGUUGCUGAAAGUGUGCAGACUCGUCAUCCACUCCCGCUAUGAUGACUACACUACAGAGGGAUUCAAUGUUCUCUAUAACAAGCAGCCUGUUAUCUACACAAGUGGGGCUGCAAGACCUGGGCUCGGCCAGUACCUCUGUAACCAGCUCGGCCUUCCGUUGUCCUGCUUGCGUCGUGUGCCUUGUAAUACAAUGUUUGGUUCCCAGCAUCAAAUGGAUGUGGCCGCACUGGAUCGUCAGUUGAAAGAGGACAAAGAAUCUGGAAAGCUACCUCUCCUAUUGGUGGCUAAUGCCGGAACCCCUGGCGCAGGACACACAGACAAACUGGCAAGACUAAAGGAGCUGUGUCAUCAGUAUAAUAUUUGGCUACACGUGGAAGGAGUAAACUUGGCGACCUUGGCAUUAGGCUAUGUCAGUGCGUCUGUGCUAGCUGCAACUAAGUGCGACAGUAUGACAUUGACCCUAGGACCAUGGUUGGGCCUUCCAGCUGUCCCUGCUGUUACCCUGUACAGACAUGAGGAUCCUUCCCUGUCCCUCGCUGCUGGACUCACAACAAGCCAGCCUGUGGAGAAGCUUCGGGCUCUGCCACUUUGGCUGUCUCUGCAGUAUCUCGGCCACAAUGGGAUUGUUGAGCGGAUAAAGCAUGCAUCUCAACUGAGUCAAAGACUGCUGGAAGACCUAAAGGAUGUAACCUCCAUCAAAACUUCGGUUGAACCUGAUGGAAACUCACCAGUAGUUGUAUUUAAAUUCUUUUAUGAUGGCUCUGGAUCAGGUUGCACUAUAAACUUGAACACCAUCGAGAGGGAGAGCGAUGCAAUGAAUCAAUGGCUCGGGGAACAACUGGCCGCCCUUAUUCCAUCUUGUGCUGUGGACACAGUGGAACUGGAAGAUGAAGGAGUAUGUGUACGCUUUAACCCAAUGAUGACCUCCGCAGUUCUAGGUACAACAGUUGAAGAUGUUGAUCAGCUGGUGGAAUGUGUAAAGGUGAAAAUCCCCAUCAUCCACAACACCCUGCAGCUGAAAGAAGAGUUCAGACUAGAGGUGGAAAGAAUAGCUGGACUGACCUACGUGGUUGACUACAGCUGGGCUGGACUUGGUGUGCUAAGGUAUGAUCAUGUAAGUGAGGAACUGGAUGGCAGCAGACGAGAAGCAGAACUUGAAAAGAUUAAUGUGUCCCUGCUGAAGAAGCUCAAUGAAGUGGAGUCCGAUCUCGCCUUCUCUUCCGGUCCAGAGUUUGGAGCUGAGAAAAACUGUAUUUAUAUUGGAAUGGCGACAGAAGAUGUGGAUGUCUCUGAGCUGGUAGAGACCAUUGCAGUCAUGGGCCGAGAGAUUGAAGAAAACUCAAAGCUCCUUGAGAAUAUGACUGAAGUAGUCAGGAAAGGCAUUCUGGAAGCCGAGGUACAGCUGCAGAGGGCCAAUGAGGAACGCCUUUUGGAGGAGGGAGUCUUACGGCAGAUCCCACUAGUUGGUUCCGUUCUUAACUGGCUUUCUCCUGUUCAAGCAACACCAAAGGGCAGAACAUUCAAUUUAACAGCAGGAUCAUUAGAAUCAACAGAAAUAACGUAUGCGUCCAAGGCACAGGACACUGGACCAAGUCCUCCCCCGACGCCAAGCCUGGGACAUGCAAAGAGACAUCCAGGUCAAAAGUUGUUCAAAAGACUGUCCAGAAACUCUGAUGCGAUGAGUGAGACGAGUUCGAUAAGUCACCUGGAAGAAGUGGAAAACCUUGAGGCUUCCCCGACGCCAGAACCACAGCCCGGCCAACCUACUGAACCCCUCGCCCCAUCUGUGGAGUCUCACAGUGAGGAAUCCCAUGAGGCUGAAGCACUGGACACUAAGACAGUGGAGUCUGAGAGUCUAAGAUAAAGGCGAGUGUUUUAUGAUUAACACUCGACCCGACAUGAACUCUUUGUAGAUGUAAGAGAUUUCAAAUGUGAACAGUGCCACGCAAGCGUACAGUAGCGAUACUGUACUAGAUUAUUAACCUGUCUGCACAAAUAAUCAAAAUUAAAACGAAAGCUUUUUUUUUCUCAGUAGGGAGAGGUCACAGUCAUAAAACUACUAUUUUUACCAAUGGUAACUUGAGUUUACUGCACUUCUUGUAAUUUCAAGAGUUUGAUUUUCUAAUCCAGCCUUUUAUUUUAUAAUCUUUUUAGUCUUGGCGUUUAUUUUUACUGUUUGUCUUCAAAUGAAGCCCUCUGAAUGUAAAUGUCAGAAAAAGACAUCUCACCCAUAGAUGUGUACAUGACUAAUUACAUCUGAAAUACCAUCGACUUGUAAUGACUCUAGUAGCGGCUCUGCACGUUACCGUCUGAGGUUUGCUAUUUGCACAGUCAGUGUAUUUUAAUGAAUGAUUCAGCAGUUUGAACUCCUUCCUAUGAGUUUUUCAGGAUAACAGAUGGACCCUUCCUAAAACCUAUAUCCAGUCAACAGCCUGGUUUCACAAAAAUGAAAAUUUAAAGGGGAAGUCCACUUUCAAUGCUUAGGGCCCUUACGGUUAGGAUUACACAGUUAGACUUUUUGUAGCAACACUAAAAUUAUUUUCAUGUUCUAAAAGACGUACGUCCAAUUAAUUAAAUAGGACCGCACUGUUUAGUCGGUUUACAUUGUUAAUGGUUGCAUGGUACUGCGGGUGCUGUGCAGUCCUAAAUAGUUAGUUGGAGCUCCUGUGGCUGCGACACAACCUAGGCAGGACUACGCUGCGUGGUCGUACCCUUAAAGAGGUUGUCUGAGCUUUUUAAUAUUGAUUGGCGGAGGUCCAACACCCAGUACCCCUGUCGAUCAGCUCCGCGCAUUGCACACUUGCCGUCUUCCUGCCUGCUGCUGCUGUCCCAUGGACUAACAGAAGCAGACAGGAAGACAGAAGGGAGACGGCACGCGCGCACUGUGCGCUCGGUCUCACUAUACUGCAAAUCGACAGGGGUCUGGAUCUGAUAUUGAUGGCCUAUCCUGAGGAUAAGUCAACAACCCCUUUAAGGGUCCCCCCCCAUUAGCACAGAAUUCCCUAACAGAGUAAUUGUUAAUAGAAAACCUAUUUCUCAUAGUAAAACCUCACCUAAAUACAAAAAGGCAGCACUCCUAUGUACAUUACAGGGAAUUUGUCACCGGCACUAUGCUGCCCUCACUGAGGGCAGUGUAGUGACAGACCCGCUGAUUUCAGAGGUCUGUCACUUCUGUUCUGGCAGUCGGUACUUUUAUAGCUGGCAUGCGCUGCAAGGGAAAUGCGUCCAAUGAGACUUCCUGCCCUCUCCCCCUCCAGACUAUGAUUGAUAGGUUUCUUUCCUGUUGUACAACCUAUCGCACUCCAGAGGCAGCGAGCCUCAUUGGACUCAUUCCUCACAGUGUUGGCACACGCUGAGGGGUCUGUCACUACACUAUGCUGCCAGAAUGUUUUUUUUCCCGUUCUUGAAAUCCAUAGAAGUGCUGCCAGCAUGUGUUUUUGUUUUUUUUUGCAUUGGGAAUUCUUUGGCAGGGGCUACAGACCCCAAGUUUGCACGGUGACGUAGGUAAAUUAUCCUUCCACUUUGCAUAAAGCUUGGGCUAGGUGACUACUUGCACGGCUCCUGCACAACAUUUAGAGUUGUGCUAUAUGCACUUUCAUAGGAUGCUGAGUCAACUCAUCAGAAUGCAGCUUUCUUUUAUUAAAGAUAAAAUAGGCCUCCGAAAGAUCUGUUGUAGGCCCUAAAUCUCACUUUCUACAUAUUCCCAUCUUUUAGUCUUCAUGCACACAGCCACUCAAUAAAAUGAGACUUUUUCAUCCGCAAUUGGACGUGCUCUAUCAUUUGCAGGACGCCUACACGGAUCUGCAAAAUCUACGGAUGUAUGAAUGGGUCUAUGAUGGCGCACAGAUGUGAAAUACGGUAGUGUGCAUGAAGCCUAAUGUGUAUGGCCAGCUUUAGUCUUAUCCUGAAUUGUGGCUG